ACAUGGUUUGGCUUUCUUUGUGAUAAGGACAUGCCAAAUGACCAACUCGAUACAAUGGAUAAUGCUAAUACGCAAAGGGAUCCUGAGGAAACUCGAGAAGAAUCAAACAAUGAUGAAUCUAUUGUCGAUGAACCCACAACGGUCGAAGAUGAACCACCGGAGUCUACUAAUACAACGAUGGCGUCUACAACUGCUACGGCGGUGUCUACGAGUACAGCGACGGUGCCUACUUCUAACAUGUACCAAGGUAGGAAAAGACAACGUCGCAAUGAUGCUGCUGAUACUGCACAAAAUCAAAUGCUAAUUGAUGCAUACUCCAUUUUGAAAAAGACAUCGGCUACUCCUACUGACCACUAUGAAACGUUUGGAAUGCAUGUUGCAAGUGAACUCAGGAAAUAUGACAGCAACACUCUUCCUCAUGUGAAGAGGGCAAUAUUAGAUGUGUUGUUCAGAGCAGAUAUCGGAGAAUUUACCCCCAAUCACAACGUCCGUAACACUGCUGGGUACUACAGUUCAAAUUUCACUACACCGACUUCGUCUCGAGAUAGUUACCCUCCAACUCCUACUCCUUCAAAUUCCCAAUGUAUACUUGUUCAGGACCUUGAUUCAAGGCCUCCACAACAAGAAGACACCUUAGUAACCUACUUGACUAACAUAAAUCCUGAAAUUUUAAAUCCUGAAGAAAUGUAAUAACAUGACAUGUUGUUAUAUGCAAGCUACAUUGUUUAACAUUACAAUAUAUUGAUUUUUUGAAGUAAAUUGUUUUCUUACCUUUAUGUAGUCCCUUAGGGCUUCAAUAAGUGCAUCACAUACUUCUGGAACAAUCACAGAUAUUCGUUGUUUGGAUAUGCGAAAGAGGUAUUGCAAACUUGUAAAUGAAUCUCCAGUUGCUAGGAAUCUCAGAGUAAGAGCUAAUCUUUCCUUGACGGUAAUAGCACUUCGCAUGUACGUCUCACGUUUUUUCACGGCAGGCUCUACCAAUGUAACUAAAUGUUCAAAAUCUUGCUUGGACAUUCGCAAGAAAUUUGUCACGUCUUCUUCGAACCUCACGUCUUCUAGGAGUCUGUUCCCA